AUGUCAAGCUUUCGCUGGGAGGAAAAUGUCAGCUUGCAACGCUACAAUACGUUCAAUAUUCCAGUGACCACCCGUUAUCUCGUCCGCGUGCAGAACGCCGGCCUCAGCAAGCUUGUUCAGUCACCUUUGUUUCAAGGCCACCGCCAUGUGGUUUUGGGCGGAGGAAGUAACCUACUUUUCACCGGGAAGACCUAUGACGGCAUUGUGCUGAAGAACGAAAUUCUGGGAAUCGAGACCCUCUCCCGAGACGAUCUGCAUACGACGCUCAAGGUCGGUGGAGGGGUCGCAUGGAGCUCUCUGGUUGGCUAUUGCCUCACACAUAGCCUUGGGGGGAUCGAGAACCUGUCCCUCAUUCCCGGCACCGUGGGCGCGGCCCCCAUUCAAAACAUUGGCGCCUAUGGAAUGGAACUCAGCGACGUGCUCGAAAGGGUGGAAAUUGUCGAUCUGACAGACGGCAGGACACGCACCAUGACAAGGGCCGAAUGUAUGUUUGGGUAUCGCGACAGCGUCUUCAAACGUCUGAAGGAUGUGUUGGUUUCUACGGUCACCAUAAAGCUGACCAAUGCUCCUCACCAUCGAUUACAUACCGCCUACGGCUCGAUACAGCAAGUUUUGAGCGAGCAAGGCAUUCACACUCCUACCAUAUCCUCGGUCAGUGAGGCUAUCUCUCUCCUACGCAGACAUAAACUGCCCGAUCCAAGAGAGCUGGGGAAUGCGGGAAGCUUUUUCCAAAAUGUGACCAUCGAUGAGGAGACCUGCACGUCACUCAAGACGAAAUACGCCGCACUCCCGGUUUUCACCAAGGCUGAUGGGCGCCGCCUCGUUCCAGCCGCGUGGUUCAUCGAGAAUUGUGGCUGGAAAGGCAGGCGGAUAGGCCAGGUCGGGGUUUAUGCCAACCAUGCGCUUAUUAUAGUAAACUUUGGAGAGGCAGAGGGCGAUGAAGUGAAGGCGAUCUCCGAUCGGAUCAUUGAAGACGUCAACCGCCAAUUUGGAGUGCGUCUUGUGCCUGAAGUAAACAUAGUCAGAUAG